UUGCGAAGAAGUCGAAGCACAGUCAAGACCGAGUUGCACAGGGCCUUCUUUAUACUUUCACCAUGGGCCGUGGCUGCUCUGCUGACCGCAAUCAGAGAGGCUGCUAAUUGCGGCAGAAAGCUCAAAGAGCGAGAUGUUUUUCCACCAUCAACCACCAUAUUACCCACUCGAACACUACAAAUCUGCACGAAGCAUACCUUCGACGGUGACCCAGGGGUCUGGUGCAGACAACAGACCAUUGCGGAUUGGCCCUUUCAAGCAAGGUGGCUUGCAUCAACAGAAACGAGAAAAUGAAAUCUGACACCAGAGUUGCAACCAUAGCAAAGCAAGUCUUCUUACCCGGCUUUCCCGGUGAAGGGUAGUUCUACCCUCGCCCCCCUUCUCGGCGACUUGCUGGUCCUUGGAGUGGAUACGCCACGUACGGUUACAGCACAGGUUGGGCUUGGUCUAACACUUGCAGCAUAUGCUAGUUUUAGAAGACACCUGGAAGAUGGAUUUCGCUGUUUUCAGCCGGCUGCAUAGUGCCGUCCUGAGCUGACCUCUACAGAUAGUGCAACGCGAGGCGCAUUCGGGCGCCUGUGAGGCUCAAAGAGUGCAGGGUGUACAUGGCGAUCUGCAGGAGCCCGCGUCCUGACAAGCGGGGAAUGGCGGAUGAGAAACCGUUGGCAUGUAUGUACCAACGAAGCCUCGGGUCUUGGUGUACCGUACGGAUAUGAACAGUCAAGACAGGUUUCGACUCGACCAACCGAGACGGAUGAACUGGAGCAAAAGCAGACAAGGAUUCUUCCACCGCGUCCCGAACAAACCGCCAGCCAAGUAUUCUUUUGCAAUGCAAUAUGGCACUUUGACGAAGCGGCGGCAUAGUGGGUGAGGGGGGGGGGGGGGGGUGGUCACCGGCGACUUGGUGUACAUCAAAGUACCUUCUCCAUGGCACCAUAAAUCCUGCAUGAUGGCCUUUGCAGCCUCGCUGACCUCUCAGGGUUUCUCGACUAAUGCAACAUCUUCCCAAAAGAGGUGAAGUCUCGAGGAUCCGUCGCAGGAGGACCACGCGCCAUGUUGGAUUGCACAAGGCGACUUUGAAGACACUCCCUCCCCCCCACUCCACCUAAUCUUGAACGACGCAAUUACACUCGUCGUUGGCCACCACUCGAGCAGAAUGCACGACGGAAUAAAAGGCCGAGACUGCUAAAAUUAAACAUCUUCUCUAACUACCCUCUGAGCCGUCAUUCAAGUUCAAACUGGCAAGGCCGGUAUCAUCCAUCACCCAAAGCCAACAGUGGCCUAGGGACUUUUAACUGCACUCCAAGCUGUCAUGGGGAUCACAGACCGCAUCGACGAGACGAACAUCUCUAAUGAGACAACAUCCGCUUGGAACGUCCAUAUCCACCUCUUCUCUCGAGAAAGGCAGCUACGAACAGCACUCCCCGGCUUCUCUGGGUCGGUCUGCAUUAUCGUCUGCAUUCGACACGACUUAGACAGGAUCUUGGCGAAGAAUGACGACGCAAGAUCAUGACCAUCGAUCAGCCAGUAACGAUUGGCGGGUUGCUGAGGGGGGGGAGAAAGCUGUCAGUCACAUCGAUGCCCAAACAUGUUCUGGCUCGAAAUUUAUCCGACGGGUAACUCGAUGAGAUGGCAUUUACCAUGGCUUCCAUCCGGAACACGAAGAAGAGAGGGAUCCGCUUUAGCCUGGCUUUCCUUCAGUGUCGAAUGAGUUCGGCAACACACCCCUCCCCCCUGGCCCACGUACGGCAUCGCAGGCUAACUUUAACUUACACGUACUCGCGACGGGAGCCAGAAGGCAAUGGGUCUAAGCUGGCCCUGUCCUGCGUCCGCUUCAGCCAGCCCAGCAUCUCGAGCAUCUACAUGCGCGGAGAAUUCAGUGAGGUCAGGACAGAACAAUACCCCCGCCCUAUGAGAUCAGAAAGCGAUAUUUUCUCUCCUGGGAAAAAGAGAUUGCGACCUACGACUCAUAGCAUCGUUCGGACAUGGCGCACAGCCAGCAACUUGUCUAGCAUGUACUCAGGCCGACUUUCGGGUCUCUCGAUGAAAGAAGCGAGAGCAGCAGUUCUGCCGUAUCUUGCCAAUCUCGCUAAAAAGGAGCGUGGCAUGGACGGGCGCGACAAUCCACCAUCCAGUUGCACGUAACAUAACGCCAACCCCUCCUUACUGCGGUUAGGAUGUCUGAGGUCUCUUGCGUCUGACCAGCGGGCCAAUCUGGCCCGCGUAACCUUUCGGCUGUUCUGAUAAACUUUGGGCUGGCGCGUUCUCGAAUUGGUUGAAGCGGGGCUUCAUAUCUACACCACAAGCGCAGUCCUCUACACACGGCAAUACCCUUGUCAAACAAGGUCGCGGACUGGGUGGAUUCGCAGCGUAACCUGGCCGGCGGUUUCCCAAGUCAAGAUGUGACAAAGACAAAGCUGCAGACGGCCGUACCCGCAGCGCGUGCGAGGGUCUCGUUACAACAGGGUUACACGUUGUGGCUCUGUUGAGAAUGACGGGUCCCGUCUCCGGAGUUUGUUCGGGGAGAGCCUCUACCUUGGCUGAGAUGUGUUCAUGGCAAAGACAUCGUUCAUCAGUCCCUGAGUCCAGCGUCUCAACGUGAGCAGCCUUAGAACCCGACACACGUAGGUGGAACAGGGAGACGAUGGGACGUCGAGUCAACAGACCCAACAUGAGUGUUUUAUCACUCGACGAAGGGAACACGAACGGCACCAAUGUGCUCGCGCGCGUGUGUGUUUCUGUUCUCUGGAUUUCGAGCUUUCUGAACACUAUGCUGCCCAUAACCGGAAACAUGUCCGUCCUACGUCCCGGCUUCGUCUAGGAUAAGUAUCUUUACGUCUGAUCAACCCCAUGAGAAUGCUUUGUUUCCCUCCCAUCGGCAACAUCGCCACGUGGCAGUGGACGAGACACGGUGCAGGGCCAGACCCCAAAUGACCCCCCGGGAACCCUCUGGAGAGUCAUCUUGGGUGUAGAUCUAUUACCGAAAGUCAUGCAGAAUUCGGGCGAAGAACAGCAUUUGUCACAUUGCCGUGAUCAUAGUAGACUGUGAAUCUGCCAUGAGGGAUUACAAGCAUGGCUAAGCAGUGAUCGCCGCUGGUACAGCCCUUUUCCGUGGGUUCUCAAGCCCAGAGACCCUGUUACUGCAUGGCGGUAGCGUCAGGUAAGUUAGUGUUCCCUAGCUUGAUUCGAUCAUCUUCCGCUGCAUGAGGAACAACGGGGAAUGGCGUCAAAGACCGCCAUGAUUCUCUUGUAAGAUCCAACCUAUCAGAAGGCACUCGGACGAAUGAGCUUGAGCCUCUGAAGAGGCAAUAAACACACAGGAGACAACAGACUAGUGUCUGUAUCAUGGGAUAUGUUUCCACAAUCCAAGUAGGUAGGAUGCAGCGGCCGCUAAGGUGGGAAGUUUGUGGUCCCGUCAGGCAUGGCUGCACCACAGGGCAUAGCCCCCCCCCCCCCCCCCCCCCCCCGGAUACCAGGGUCACCGACUGACAAGCCUUCUGUGCUGCCUCUGUCCUUUGUCUCUUUCCCAUGUGCUAUUCCUUUAUCUUAAGCCAGACAAGUGGUUGGGCUUCCCGGGAUCCCGAAAUCAUAGGGUUCCCCGCUGGUGAGAAGUUAUGUCGCUCCGGUUGCUUCCCAGUCGGGGGUUCUGGUACAACUGAGCAACCGUUCGGAUCCGAAGGGUAAUACUGCACUGAAUCCUCGUGGUUGAGAAGACCUCAAAACCAGAACGGAGUUGAAGGAAACGCGCGAGAAUAUAACGGCUUGGAUUGUCCAAGGUGUGGUGGCACUGUUCUCAUGUUUCACACUUCAUGAGUGUCGAGGCUUGAGAGAUUGACUCAUCCUUCCGAUCUGCAACAAUUCGACGCAGUCUACUCAUCUCCGAAGAAGAAAGCAUCUUUCUCUCACUCUUGCUGACUGGCGUCCAAGUGCCAUCCUACUCUGGCUCGGUUCCGGCGCCUUUGUAGUGUCGGUGUGGCACUUUGGAAGCAAGCCUAGCAACCACAUGACGGGCACCUCUCAGACGCUUACAUCAAGUGGAAGCGAAAGCAGCAUGGAUGUUGCGGCUUGGACAUCUCGUCGCCUGCAGGGCUCGUUCGGCCGAGGAAGGGGAGGGAGGUAAACCGAUCUGCAAUGAAGCAAACGAUGCAGGCGACGAGAUCAUGUGUCUGCCUAGCACUGAAGCGUGCUUCCUUCAUCCCCCACCCCUCCUCCUACUUGUGAUUUUUUUUCCGCACUGUUAGACCCGGCCGGUGGAUGUGAUCCCACCGGUCCGCUGCAGGUGUGGCUCAACCUGGCGCUCAGCCUGGCGCUGGCUGCGCUACUCCGGCAUGGCUCAUGUCGCACCCACGCCGACAAGUUGGCUGGUUCUCGAGGCGAGACAUCAACUGGGCCCACAGACUUGUUAUCUGUCGUCCAAGGUUAUCGAGAGGAAGGUUCGCGAGUUGGCGUGGGCGAUAUAUGUCGCGCGAGACGGACUUGAGGGGAGUUUCGGCAUCAUGUCCGCAGUAGCCAACAGCCCUUUUGCCAGCAAAAGGCCAGAAGUCCGGGAGAGCAAGCACUAUGGGCUGCGUCAAGGCGACCAAAGGCUGCUCGUUCCCGCCACUGAACCUGAGAUAUUUGCUUCUGGCAAGCUGGGCAUACAAACCGGCUAUCUCCUCAGCCGUUGGCGGAGUGGUGGACCGACAUAUCCCGCACCCUGUUCUGGACCCCCUCCCUCUCUUGUCCUGCCUGCCGGUCGACACUUUGGACGAGUUCUUGCUGUCCCACAGCCACCAAGGGACCACGGCCGCACAAACCCGAUUCGCCGAACUCGACUGAAAAAGACAUGUGUGUGCCAGUGCGCCACCGAGCCCUGCCCACGGAGGGCUUCGGAAACGAGGUGCAGACGCCAGACAGGAUUCGGGGUGAGUUAGUUGCU